UUUUUAACGAGUCCCUGAGUUCUUCCCUAACCUUGUGAUAUCGUCUUCCCUGUUCUUCCUCAUCAAUUGUGUUUACCUAAAUCUCCUCAAAUUUGGAUAUUUAUUCGAAUCCAAUUUUAAAUAUUGACUUUGUUCAGACACAAACCCGUACCUUCGAUCGACCACCGUCGUCUCCUCCCCAUCGUUCCGGCCGGCGGCUCGUCUUACCAUUUCUGCUCAUCACUACCGCUGUUUCUGGUCCGGACAUUUGUUCUUAACAUUCUGUUUUUCACUGGAAUAUAAUUCAGGUACCAUAAAUCUUUAAAUUGUUGAUUCGUAAAUCUAAAAAUCCAUCGUAGAAAAGAACCCUAAACGAUUAAAAACCCUAGAGGAAGAAGGAUGUUCUUUAUUCAUGUAAAUUGAGUCGCUAACUCAAAUAGAACGAGAAUCUUAUUGAUCUUUUAGGACUCAUAAGGCGCAAGAAACUUAUUUUGCUGAUUGCGCCAAUCUGAAGCUAAAUUGGAGAUCAGAGAUAGCCAAGUUAUUUUUAAUUGAUUUAAGUUGUUUUGUAUAAAAGACCAACACCAAGAGUGUAUAUGGAUAUAAGGAUGUGGUAGAAUCGCAUUAGAUUUAUCUACCAUGGCAGGACUAGAGGAAUUGAAAAAGAAACUCGUACCACUAUUUGAUGCGGAAAAGGGAUUUUCUUCUGGAUCAACCAUGGAUCCUUCGGAUUCUUAUAUGCUCUCAGAUGGUGGGACGGUUAACUUGCUUAGUCGAUCUUAUGGAGUAUACAACAUUAACGAGCUUGGAUUGCAAAAGUGUACAUCAAGACCGGUGAAUGAUGUGGACCAAAGAGAAAGGACUUAUAGGUGUGCUUCACAUGAAAUGAGAAUAUUUGGAGCCAUAGGCAGUGGUGCAAGCAGUGUAGUCCAAAGAGCUAUUCACAUUCCCACUCACAGAAUAAUUGCGUUAAAAAAGAUAAAUAUAUUCGAAAAGGAGAAAAGGCAACAGCUUCUUACCGAGAUAAGAACAUUGUGUGAGGCACCUUGUUAUCAAGGUCUUGUGGAAUUUUAUGGAGCGUUCUACACUCCUGAUUCUGGACAAAUAAGCAUUGCUCUAGAAUACAUGGAUGGUGGUUCCCUAGCCGAUAUUAUAAAACGACAAAGAUGUAUAUCAGAAGCAGUCCUUUCCUUGAUGGUCCAAAGACUAUUGCAAGGACUAAGCUACUUGCAUGGAGUUAGACACUUGGUCCAUAGAGACAUAAAGCCUGCAAAUUUGCUUGUGAAUCUCAAGGGAGAGCCAAAAAUAACAGACUUUGGGAUAAGUGCUGGCUUAGAGAAUUCUAUGGCGAUGUGUGCUACGUUUGUUGGAACGGUAACAUACAUGUCACCUGAACGAAUCCGAAAUGAAAGUUAUUCAUAUCCAGCUGAUAUUUGGAGUCUUGGUCUUGCUCUAUUUGAGUGUGGCACUGGGGAAUUUCCAUAUACAGCAAAUGAAGGACCUGUUAAUCUUAUGCUGCAGAUUCUGGAUGAUCCAUCUCCAUCACCGCCAAAAGACUUUUUUUCUCCAGAGUUCUGCUCAUUCAUUGAGGCUUGUCUACAGAAAGAUGCUGAUGCAAGACCAACAGCAGAGCAGCUUCUUUCACAUCCAUUUAUCACAAAGUACGAGGAUGCCAAAGUGGACUUAGCAGCAUUUGUUCGUAGCAUUUUUGAUCCAACGCAGAGAAUGAAAGAUUUGGCAGAUAUGCUAGCAGUACAUUACUACUUACUUUUUGACGGGUCCGAUGAUCUUUGGCAAUAUGCAAAGACCUUCUACAACGAAUGUUCAGCUUUCAGCUUCUCCGGGAAAGAAUCUACUGGCCCUAAUGAUAUUUUCACAACUCUAUCAAACAUUCGGAGUACAUUAGCUGGGGAAUGGCCUUCCGAAAAGCUGGUGCACGUUGUUGAGAAGCUACAGUGUAGAGCUCAUGGUGAAGAUGGAGUUGCAAUUCGUGUGUCGGGAUCCUUCAUUGUUGGAAACCAAUUCCUUAUAUGUGGAGAUGGUAUACAAGCAGAGGAUGUGCCUGAUUUUAAAGAUCUUAAUAUCGACAUACCUAGCAAACGAAUGGGAACAUUUCAAGAACAGUUUAUUAUGGAAGCUGGAAAUGUCAUCGGUCGAUACUCCAUCGCUAAGCAAGAGCUUUACAUCAUCCAAUAGAUCAUUCCACUGUAAGCAUACAUCUUUCAUCCUGACUCUCACUUUGAAUCAUAAUGUCAAGGCCAUGAACUCCGACUUUGUGAAGGGAUUCAUGCUAACAGAUUGACAUGGGUUUAACAGAAACAGUCGUUCUACUCUUUGAAGUAAAUAUAUGCAUCUUUAUCUACAUACAUGCUGCUUUUGAGUGAGAUAUACUGUAUCUGAUUGGUUUGGUUUAUUUCUGACUUUUUCUUGUGUAUGUAUAGUAAUUCGAUAGAUAGCUACUAAAGAAUUGCAUUUUUGGAUGCAAACACCAUCGAAAGAAGAGUUUGAAUUA